AUGACAGGCCCGAUUAUGUCCAAUGUACAUAACCCGGGGAAUCAGAUGGCGCUCGUGGGGGGGAUGAACUUGCAAUAUCCCCAGCAUCAGAUGAGCGGGCAGCACAUGUACGGGCACCCGGGCCAGCAGCAGCCAUCACCGCAGAACGACCGGCCCUUCAAGUGCGAUCAGUGCCCGCAGUCAUUCAACCGCAACCACGACCUAAAGCGGCACAAGCGGAUCCACCUGGCUGUGAAGCCAUUCCCUUGCGGACACUGCGAGAAGAGCUUCUCGCGUAAAGAUGCAUUGAAGAGACAUAUUUUGGUGAAGGGCUGCGGGAAGAGCUCUACGACGGCGAACACCAACGGCGGUAGUCAAUCCCCUGUCGACAAGUCAGAGGAGGGCACGAACGAUUCCGGUGAUGAUUCCAGUCCCGAGAUGCCGAAGAAAGAGCUCUGA